CCUUGAAAUGAAAUUGUAAUUAUUGUCGGGAUGUCUGUGUUCUUUGGUGCACUCCUGUAAGGAGUGGUUAACGUGAAUUUGAAGUUACAUUUAAAAUAUUCAGAAUAUGUAGCCUAAUAAAUACCACAACUUUCGUUUUGAUUUCAGACACCGGGUUUCAAAGUGCUGUGAACUUUAGGCAUACGUCACUGUCCAGUUUUGAUGUGAGGAGACCGGAGGAUUGUUGUUAUAACAUUGAAGGAAUAAAUAUGGCAACAAAAACAGGAACAGCAAAGACAGAAAGAAAGAGUAAAAGCGGGAAGGUUGUUGUGGCAGCCAUAGAUUUCGGAAGCACAUUUUCUGGUUAUGCAUUUUCAUUCAGCCACGACUAUGAAGUUGAGCCGACUAAAGUGUCGGUAAACACGAGCUGGGUGGCCGGAUCUGCCGGGCUGAUGUCAUUGAAAACUCCAACAAUUCUUCUCCUUGAUAAUAAUAAAAAGUUUGUUGCUUUUGGGGACGAAGCAGAAGAGAAAUAUUUGGAUAUUGCAGCAGACGAAGAACAUCACAAAUAUUACUACUUCCGGAGGUUCAAAAUGCUUCUGUACAAAGUAUCGGGUAAGUUGACGAGAGACGUAAUGAUUCCAGACGACAAAGGACGACAGAUGGCUGCCUUACUCGUAUUUAGUAUUUCCAUCAGAUAUCUUAAAGAUCACCUGAUGGAUACACUAGGCAGGCGUAUGACAGGCAUCUUACCAGGCGACAUACGGUGGGUACUUACCGUACCUGCCAUCUGGAGUGAUGGAUCAAAGCAGUUUAUGAGGGAGGCUGCGGAAAAGGCGGGAAUCAAGAAAGACUGCCUUAUUAUUGCCCUUGAACCGGAAGCUGCGUCAUUGUUUUGUAUGCACCUUCCGGUUGACAAAUUGGAUUCCGGUCGGGAGUGCGGGACAAAGUCACAGGAAAUCUCGCCUUUUGCGAAGGGAACAAGAUACGUGGUAGUGAAUAUUGGAGCUGAAACUAUUGAUGCAACUGUAUAUGAGGUGGUAGAUGAGGACAAACUGAAGGAGGUUACUUACGCUAGUGGAGGGGCAUGUGGUGGAACAUGUGUCGAUGAUGCAUUUGAGAAAUUUCUACGGGGAAUGGUUGACAUAGAAAAAAAGGACAGAAAGGACAAAAUGACGGUUUUUGACAGAUUUAAGCAGGACGCAGAGGAAGAUUGGGUUGACCUCUUUAAGGAGUUUGAGACAAAGAAAAGAGGCAUAAAGGCCAAAGGGGCUGGCGAUGAGAGAUCAAAAGAGACCAUUAAAGUCCCACCUAGACUUGCUGAGAUUUUCAGAGAAUCUACGGGAAAAGUACUGAAGGAUUACAUUAAAACAAAGAAGGAAUAUGCUGACAAAGUUACCUGGGUCGGAGAGAAAAUGAGAGUUGAGGCGGGAAUAUUUAGGUCAUGGUUCAACGAAUCUUGUGAGAAUACGGUAAAACAUGUCAAAGAAAUCUUCAAGCAAAAGUCAAGUGCUGGAACAAACACCAUUCUUUUAGUCGGCGGGUUUUCCGAGUCCCCUAUCUUACAAGAAGCCAUAAGGAAAAAUUUCCCAGACAAAAGGUUGAUUAUCCCAGAAGAAUCGGGAUUAGCAGUUUUGAGAGGUGCUGUCAGUUUUGGACACAAUCCAGUGACAAUUGUUUCACGUAUUGCUAAACGUUCCUAUGGUAUUCGCGUGUAUCGGGAUUUCCAAGAUGGCGUCCAUCCAUUGAACAAGAAGGUGAAGAUUGGAGGAAAAACUAAAUGCAAAGAUGUGUUUGCUGUCCACGUUAAAAAGGGCCAGGAACUGAUUGUAGGCGAGGCGCAAUCGAACAAACGCUAUAUACCACUAGAACCUGCCCAAAUAUCGUUAGUUUUCGACAUUUACACGUCGACUGAGGAGGACCCACAAUACGUCACUGAUGUAGGCUGCGAAUACGUAGGUCAACUUGAAGUCGAGGUUCCUGACCUUUCUGGUGGGAAAGCACGUGGUGUUUGGGUUAAGAUGAUUUUUGGAGGCACAGAAGUCACGGUCGAAGCUAGGGAAGAGAAGACAAAUAAACUUACGAAAGCAAAGUUUGACUUUUUGCUCAGUAAUCAAACUGCGAGUGAUUCUGCUUAAAACCUAUAAAGUGAUAAACAGACAGACAAAAA